AAACGGGACGCGGUCGAGACGGACAACAUCCGGCCCGCUUGUCUUCACACAGAACCCACCGAUCCGCCGUUGGAUGCCAAGUUGUUCGUCGCCGGCUGGGGUGUCCUUAACGUGACCACUCGGAUGCGUUCCAAGAUCCUGCUGCGAGGGGGUCUGGAACUGGUGACCCUGGACCAGUGCAACUCAUCCUAUGCGGAGCAGCCCGGCUCCAUUUGGGUCCUGAAGCAGGGCGUGGUCGACUCUCUGAUAUGCGCCAUAGACCACAAGCUGAUAGCCGACGCCUGCAACGGCGACUCCGGGGGUUCGCUCAUCCACGAACUCAACGUCGAGGAUGGCAUGUACACGAUCGUGGGCGUCAUCUCGUCGGGCUUUGGAUGCGCCAACGUAACACCGGCUCUCUACACGCGGGUGUCCUACUAUCUGGACUUUAUCGAGAGCAUUGUUUGGCCGGACGGUCGGGUGUGACAUGAUUUAACAUCAGGAUGGCUUGGGCAAUUUAGACCCUAACAUGGAUUUAAAUCAGUACCCUAAGAGCUAGAUCCACCAAAAUUGGCGAACACACGUCUGUGAUCUCUAAGAGCACCGCGAUCAAAUUAAUCCAAUACCAAUAAAAUACAUUAAGUUAAGAUAACGAAAGCCUUUA